CUGGAGCAUAGUGGUUCUAGCAGAUCCCAAACUGAGUAUCAGUGCAGUUACUGUCUUUAAUGAGUGCAGAACCAGGAAUCAAAGUGUGCGGUCGGGAGUUCAUCCGAGCCAUCAUCGAUACCUGUGGGGGUUCUCGUUGGAAGAGGCUCCUCAAUAACCAGAAUGAUCCCUUCCAGACCUCAGCUGAUAAAGGCGACUUCAAGGAGAUGGACAGCAUGAAGAACCUUCAGAGAAUGUUUGGCAAUGACAGGAACCAAGAAGUUGAUCUAUCUUUUGUGGAGCAAGUGAUCGAUGAGUAUUACAACCAGCACAAUCAGUUACCGAAGGAUUUCAUUGAGUACCUCCGCCAGAUUGAUGGAGGCAGCAAUAAUGACCCCGCAUCUGCAUCAUCACAGAUGCAGCAUCUACCCUGGGCCAGAUCCUUCAGGAAGAAAAGGGCAACAAAACCAGGAUUGUCAACCAAUUGCUGCUAUUACGGCUGCACCAAAAAAGAUAUCAGCAUUCUUUGCUGAAA